AUGGCAGACGAUGUCAAGUUGUGGAGACGGCCAUCAAGUCCAAAUAGUCACACAGCCGUGUCCCCCACGGCAUCAGCAGCGGCACACAGAGAGGACAGGCCGCCAGAACAACUUGAUUUUUUGUCGUCAACCUGUCUUUCUAGAUUGUCAAACAACGACGAAGCCCAAACAACGUGUGAUAUCUUGGGGUUGGCUACCACCAACCUCCUCGAAAAGGACGAUCAUAACACCUCAACUCUUUCUCGUCCUUUGUUUACAGAAGAAAACGAAAAUAUUCUACCAUCUUCUUCUCCUUCUACACCAUUAUCGGAUCCUGGGGAUAGCAAUAUGAGGCGAAUUUUAACCUCCCUGUUCAGGGAGCUAAGGACGUACUCAGUUAGCAACAUGGAGUAUUUUCAAAACGGCAAGCAGAGCUAUCAUGCCCGGUUACAAGUUGCCUUCGCUUUAUUAUGCGAACACAUCGAUGCCGGGAUCGAACCCCAGGUAAGACCAAUUUAUACUCUCUCUUGCUUCACGACAGCUUCUUUUGGAAUUGGAUUAUAUUUUUUACUUACUUGA